AGCCGACGCCAGUGACCGGGCAGGUGAUGUUUGCUCACGUAAGCCGCUCGCGUUUGAUGAGGGGCGCAGGGGACGCGGCUGGAGGGUGCGCGCUACUGUUGCAUCGCCUCACCGGAUAACCGCUGCUAUCUCAUCCUGUCCGUCUGUUCCUCCCCGGUUUUCUGUUCUCUCUUUUUUUAUUUUGCUCACCAACACACGGAUUUGCAGGAGUGGGAGUCUUUUGACGAUCGAAAUAAGUGGAUAAAGGACCAAACCGUGUGCGUGGAGUGCGUAUCGUUUCUUGUGAUUCCCUAUACGCGCAAGCCGCUUUUUUCAUUCCAGAGAGGCAAUGCGCCCACCCAUGCGAUGCUAGCCUAUUAGCUGGAGAGAGAGAGAGAGAGAGAGAGAGAGAGAGAGAGAGAGAGAGGUUUCAGCCCUGGAUUCGAGAGGAGGCUAAUUUACGAGUCUUGUUUUGCCUUUCAGGAAAAGGGGAGAUAAGAGGGGGAGGGUGGUUGGUGAAGGAGAAUGCAGCAAUCACAUUUUUAAGCAUGCAGAAGCGGGCCGUUUCCGGUUCCUAGGCUGGUGUGUCCCCCCAUCCGAGGCCAGCAGCCGUAUGGGGAAAGCAGCGGCAGACACAGAUGGCAUGGACACUUCCACAAGGUCUGCCGCUCUGCCCUGCCUGCUCUGCCGGAGCCCGUUCGCCGCCGUCUCUCUCUUCCAGCUCGCUCCGCCGCCCAGCAGCACUGCAGCACAGCACAGGCUGACGGCAUGAGGCUUGAUCCAGUGCAUUUCUCCAUGCUGGUCAUCGGGGUCUCCUUCGCCUGUUACGCCCCGAGUCUCAACUCCCUCCAGGACCAGGCGUACCGAUCAGCCGUGGUCAUCGAGGGCGAGGUGCGCUCCUCCCCGGAGAACGUCUCCUCCCGGGAGCCCUACAGUGUGAAUGUCAAAGUGCUGGACGUGUGGCCCGUCAACAGCGGCGGCCUCGAGAGGGAGCAGCUCGUGACCGUCGGGGACUUUGGUUCCGAGGCCCCGUGCACCACGGUGGAGAAGGACCACAGAUAUAUCUUUUUCAUGGACCCCACCGCUGAGCCCUUGGUAUUCAAGGCAUCGUACGCCCCUGUGGACGCCAGCGAGCCGGAGCUGAAGAAGGAUGUGGAAAGAGUGUUGUGCGAGGACUGCGCCUCUGCUCCUAGGCUUCGGCUAAUGCGAGGCCAGUCUCUGGUGGAAGGGGACAAGCUGUACUUGAAGUGCGAAGCGACGGGGAAUCCCAGCCCUUCCUUCCGCUGGUACAAAGAUGGACAUGAGCUUCAGAGAGGCAGAGACCUCAAGAUAAAGACCAACAAAAAAAACUCAAAGGUGCAGAUUAGUCGUGUCCGUGUGGAAGACUCGGGCAACUACACCUGUGUGGCUGAAAACUCACUAGGACAAGAAAAUGUCACGAGUAUUAUCAGCGUGCAGAUCUUGACCACCACCACCCCGUCUCCAGGUGUGAGUCAUGUGAGGCGCUGUAACGACUCGGAGAAGGCCUACUGUGUCAACGGAGCAGACUUGACCACCACCACCCCGUCUCCAGGUGUGAGUCAUGUGAAGCGCUGCAACGACUCGGAGAAGGCUUACUGCAUCAACGGAGGAGACUUGACCACCACCACCCCGUCUCCAGGUGUGACUCAUGUGAGGCGCUGCAACGACACAGAGAAGGCCUACUGCGUCAACGGAGGAGACUGUUACUUCAUUCAUGGUAUUAACCAGCUGUCCUGCAAGUGUCCCAAUGACUAUACGGGGGACCACUGUCAAAACUCCGUCAUGGCCGGUUUCUACAAGAUUCUCAGAAUUAAAUUAAUGGAGGCUGAGGAGCUCUACCAGAGGCGGGUGCUGACAAUCACGGGCAUCUGUGUGGCACUGCUGGUGGUUGGCAUCGUUUGUGUGGUGGCCUACUGCAAAACCAAGAAGCAGAGGAAGAAGAUGCACAGUCACCUACACCAGAACCAGAAUCAGUGUGUGGAGCAACCCAACCGCAUGCUGGCCAAUGGACCCAACCACCCUGGUCCCGGUCCCGAGGAGAUCCCCAUGGUUGACUACAUUUCCAAAAGCGUCCCAACGACAGAGUGUGUGAUCAGCCAUGGAGCUGAGGGUGCAGGCAACUACGCAGGCAGCCGAAUGUCUACCCGCUCCCACCACUCUACCACUGCCUCACAUGCUUCCAGACACGAGGAGCAGACGUGGAGCAUGGAGCGAACAGAGAGUAUGAACUCAGACUGCCAGUCAGGUGGGCUGUCCAGCUCUGUAGGAACCAGUAAGUGCAGCAGCCCGGCAUGCAUGGCGAGGAGGGCCGCCCACUGGGGCUGUGCGGACAUGUCCGGACCGGGAAUGCAGUACGGGGAUUCAUACGACUCUCUAAGAGACUCGCCUCACAGUGACAGGUACGUGUCGGCGCUGACCACGCCAGCACGGCUGUCCCCGGUGGAGUUCCACUACCCCCCGUUGCCACCCCAGGUGCCCACCUUCCAGAUCACCUCGCCCAACACAAGCCACGCCCUCUCCCUGCCCCCCGCUGCUGCCGCCUACCACAGAGACGACGACCAGCCACUGCUACGAUGCCCAGAUGACGGAAGUUUAUACAGACAGCCCCGGCGUCCGCGGCGACCCUACCUGACGGAGAGCACAGGAAGUCUACCGUCCAGCCCCUACCGUCUCCCAGAUGACGAGGCCUACGAGACCACGCAAGAGUACGCCUCUUCACGGGAACCCAUCCGGAGCCGGCGCCGCCCGAGACGCAAUCGCCUCAAUGGACACAUCUCCCAGCGUUCGACAGGCCUACGGGACUACAGCUCACAGAGCUUCAGCCAGUCAGAGGAGGAGGAGGAAGAGGAGGAGGAAGAGGAUGCUCACGGGGAGAGCACGCCUUUCCUUAGUAUGCAGAACAUGAACAUGGACCCACCUUUAACCGUUCCGGGUUACCGCUCGUCAUCCGGUGCGGACACACGGACUCACCGCGGGCUGAGUCGGCCGGGGACACGCAGCAACGGGCAGAGCCGCGGCUCCCAGUCGCAGCGCUCCAAGGCUGACAACAUGCCCCUUUAAGACUUAACCCCCUCCCCCCCGCCACCACCCACCCCUCCACCUCACACACUCCCCUUCCUCCUACACACAACCAGUGGACUAGAGACCUGCACCUAGGAGAAAUAUUUUUAUUUUGUAUAACAGACAGAUAUUCUAAACAAAUGAAAUAUUUAUUUUCAUUUCAGCAAAAAUUGUCUACUAGCUAACAGCAAAGACUUUUUUUAUAAC